CCCUCGCGGCAGGCUGCGGGCGUCAGGGCAGUUCGUGAUGGCCGCGGCUGGUUCCGCUGCCGUGUCAGGGGCAGGGACCCCAGUGGCGGGGCCCACAGGCCGCGACCUCUUUGCCGAGGGGCUCCUGGAGUUCCUGCGCCCCGCCGUGCAGCAGCUCGACUCUCACGUGCACGCGGUCAGAGAAAGCCAGGUAGAGCUCCGGGAACAAAUUGACAACCUAGCUACAGAACUUUGCCGGAUCAAUGAGGAUCAGAAGGUGGCCCUGGAUCUGGACCCCUAUGUUAAGAAGCUGCUUAAUGCCAGGCGACGAGUUGUCUUGGUGAACAAUAUUUUACAGAAUGCCCAGGAACGGCUAAGGCGAUUAAACCACAGUGUUGCCAAGGAGACAGCUCGGAGGAGAGCAAUGCUGGAUUCAGGAGUUUACCCUCCUGGUUCUCCAAGCAAAUAAGUGGGCCUGUGACCCGAGUACAAGUACUAUUCUCCAGCUGCCUUGUUUUGGUAGACAUGAGAAGAUUCCAGGGAAGUUUGAACUGUGUACUCACUCAUGUAGCAGCCUCAAGAAAUGUGCAUCCUGCAGGACUAUUUCCUGAAGAACCUCCACUACAGCUUGUGCUUCCGGGGAUAAGCCUCUACAUUUGAGUUUUGUUUCAGAAGACAAGGCUCAAUAUGUAGCCCAGGCUGGCCUCAAACAAGAGGUCUUCUUAACCUUGGCCUCCUGAAUGCUGGGAUUAUAGGCAUGUGCCAGUGUGCUUGGCUCAAGCCUCUCUCUAUAUAUUCCCACAGAGAAUGUUAAGUAGGUUAGGCAUCAUGUGGUAGAAAAACACACCAGAUUUAGUGCAGAAAGAAUAUUUCACUCCUCCUCUCCAUGCUUUACCAUCAUUCCUCUCACGGUUAUGACCUUUCCAGACUCAUCUUUACAUAUAUCCUAUAUAUUUUAACAUUUGGGUUAACUCUUCUUAGAUCAAGUCACAACUGUUGCCUUCAUUACUGAGCGUAACAAAUGACAUGAGGAUCUAAAGUCAAGGGCAGAGAGCCUUGACAGCUGAGAGUCCCUAAGCUUUUGUGAAUGAUUUCUUUUUCUUUUAACAAGUUCUAAUUUUAAGGACUGGAAGGACAGCUCAGUGAUGUAAGAGCACUGGCUGUUCCUCCAGAUGAUAGUUCAGUUCCCAGGACCCGCACGGUCACUCACAGCAAUCUACAAUCCAGUUCCAGGGGUACAAUGCACAUAAAAAA